GGCUUUGGGGGCCUCCAGGAGCAGGACUAGGAACAUGGGGUCGGUCCCUGGAGCCAUUGUCAGGGCACUCAUCCUUCUGUCUGUGCAGAGCUGGGGUGCGGCCACAGCGGGAGACACAGAUGGCUGCGACCAGCCACUGGCGUCCGCGCUGCCGGCCUCCUCCUUCAGCGGUUCCUCCGAGCUGUCCAGCAGUCACAGCCCCGGGUUUGCGAGACUGAACCGCAGAGAUGGAGCUGGUGGCUGGACACCCCGUGUGUCAAACAGAAGCCAGUGGCUGCAGAUCGACCUUGGGGACAGGGUGGCAGUCACCGCAGUGGCCACGCAGGGCGGGUACGGGAGCUCCUCCUGGGUCACCAGCUACCUCCUGAUGUUCAGCGACAGUGGCAGGAACUGGAAGCUAUACCGGCGCGAGGAGAGCAUUGCGAGCUUCCCAGGGAACACCAACGCGGACAGCGUGGUGCGCCACCGGCUGCGGCCGCCCGUGGAGGCCAGGCACCUGCGCUUCCUGCCCUCCGCCUGGAACCCCGACAGCCGCAUUGGGAUGCGCGUGGAGGUGUACGGAUGCCGGUUCCGAUCAGACGUGAUGGACUUUGAUGGAAAAAGUUCUCUGCUUUACAGAUUUGUCCAAAGUACCAGGAAUCCAGUGAAAGAUAUCGUUUCUUUGAAAUUUAAAACAAGGCAGAGUGAUGGGCUUCUGUUGCACAGACGGGGCAGAAAUGGAGUCUCCUUCACCCUGGAAUUAGUGAAAGGGAGGCUCCUUCUGAUCAUCAAUUCAGGCACUGCUUCACCCUCGCCAUCUGGCCCUGGGAGCGUGGCGCUGGGCAGUCUGUUGGAUGACCAGCACUGGCACUCGGUGCUCCUUGAGCAUGCCCGCCAGCACAUGACCCUCUCCGUGGACCAGCACUCCAGGCAGUUCCAGGCACAGGGACAGCUGAGUCACGCAGACCUGGAUUCUGAGAUCAGCUUCGGUGGGAUUUUAGCACCUGGAAAAUCUGUGACAUUUCAAAGAAAACACUUUGACGGAUGUUUAGAAAAUAUUAAUUUUAAUGGAGAGGAUAUCAUUGAUUUGGCCAAGAAGCACAGACCCCAGAUUCUCAUCAGGGGCAACGCCUCCUUCUCCUGCUCUCAGCCGCAGUCCGUGCCGGUCACGUUUCCGAGCGCUGGGAGCCGCUUGGUGCUGCCAGGCACCCCGGCACAGGAUGGGGUCUCCAUCAGCUUCCAAUUCCGGACGUGGAACCAGGCGGGGCUCCUGCUGUCCCUCCGGCCCUCUCGCGGCUCCACGGCCUUUGUCCUCACACUCAGGGAUGGAGCCCUCAGACUGGGCCUGUCCCCGUCUCCAGGACACGCGAGGAGUGACGUCAUGGCAGGUGCGGGACUGAAUGACGGGCAGUGGCAUUCGGUCUCCCUCACAGCCCGGAGGAACCAGCUGAGUGUGGUUGUGGACCAGGUUGGGGUUUCGGCGGUUCACACAGCGUUGCCUCUAGAGACCCACACAGAUGGUUCCUAUCACUUUGGAGGGUGCCUUCCUUCCGGCUCCGGGUCCGAGUGUGAGGCCUCGCUGGCCGGAUUCCAGGGCUGUCUGAGGCUCAUCUCCAUUAACGCCCAGGAGGUGGACCUGAUCUCCGUGCAGCGGGGGGCGCUGGGGAACUUCAGCAGCCUGGACAUCGACUCCUGUGGCAUCCGCGACAGGUGUUUGCCCAACCGCUGUGAGCAUGGCAGCAGAUGCUCCCAGACCUGGACGGCCUUCUACUGCAACUGCUCCGGCACGGGCUACACAGGUGCCACGUGCCGCCAGCCCCUCUACGAGCAGUCCUGCGAGGCCUACAAGCACAGGGGCGAGUCCUUGGGGAGAUACUACGUGGACCCGGAUGGCAGUGGACCCCUGCAGCCCUUCGCCGUGUUCUGCAACAUGACAGAGGACAUCCCGUGGACCGUCCUGCAGCACAACAGCUCAGCCCUUACCAGGGUCAAGGGCGCAGACCAGAACAACCCCCACUGGGCAGUGUUCCAGUACGAGGCCAGCCUGGAGCAGCUGCGGGCCGUCAUCGCCCAUGCCAGGCACUGCCAGCAGAUGCUAGAGUUCCAUUGCAGGAGGUCUCGGCUCCGGGACCCACAAGAUGGAACGCCUCUGAGUUGGUGGGUUGGAAGCACCCACGGGACACGCACUUACUGGGCAGGCUCCAUGCCUGAGGCCCAGACGUGUGCUUGUGGACUAGCGGGGAACUGCGUUGACUCCCAGCAUCGCUGCAACUGCGACGCAGACCAGGACGAAUGGACCAACGAUACAGGUGUGCUGUCCUACAAGGAGCACCUGCCCGUGACACGCAUCGUGGUGGCCGAUGCAGCCCGCCCAAGCUCUGCUGCAGCCUACAGACUGGGGCCUCUGCUGUGCCAGGGGGACCGAUCCUUCUGGAACUCGGCUUCCUUCCACACAGAAACCUCAUACCUUCACUUCCCCACUCUACACGCAGAGCUCAGCGCCGACGUGUCCUUCUUUUUCAAGACGAGAGCUUCAUCUGGGGUGUUCUUAGAGAACCUGGGGAUCACAGACUUCAUCAGCCUGGAGCUACGCUCCCCAAGAGAAGUGGCCUUUUCCUUUGAUGUCGGGAACGGGCCCUGUGAGGUCACAGUGCAGGCGCCCGGCCCCCUCAAUGACGACCGGUGGCACCUGGUCCGGGCCGAGAGGAACAUCAAGGAGGCCUGGCUGCAGGUGGACCUGCUCCCACCCGGGACACACACAGCCCCCGAGGACGGACACAUGCGCCUGCAGCUCAACAGCCAGCUCUUUGUGGGAGGCACGGCCACCAGACAGAGAGGCUUCCUGGGGUGCAUCCGAUCCUUGCAGCUGAACGGGAAGGCGCUGGACCUGGAGGAGAGGGCACAGGUCACCCCGGGGGUGCAGCCUGGCUGUCCAGGGCACUGCAGCACCUACGGGCAUCUGUGUCACAACGGGGGGCGCUGCCAGGAGAGACCCCGGGGGUUCUCCUGCAACUGCGAGCUCUCUGCUUUCUCAGGGCCCUUCUGCACACAGGAGGUUUCUGCACACUUUGGAGCUGGGUCCUCUGUGACUUACAAUUUUCAUGAAUUUUAUCCGUUAAGUACAAACUCCAGCCCCCAUGCUGCUUCAUUCCAUGGGGACAUGACGUUAGCUAGAGAGAUGAUCACAUUCAGCUUCCAGACACUGCAAACCCCGAGCCUCCUGCUCUAUGUGGACUCUUUCUACAACAAAUACCUCUCUGUUAUCUUGGCCAAAAAUGGGAGUUUGCAGAUUAGGUAUAAGCUGGGUCUACAUCAGGAUCCUGAUGUCUUUAACUUUAACUUCAAGAACAUGGCGGACGGGCACCUCCACCACGUUAAGAUCAACAGAGAAGAAGGAGUGGUCUUUGUAGAGGUGGACCAGAAAGCCCGGAGUCAAGUGAGCCUGACCUCUGGCAUGGAAUUCAACGCCGUCAAAUCCCUUGUGCUGGGCAAGAUAUUAGAACGUCCUGGAGCGGCGGAACAGGGGAAGCCGGUGGAGACUGGGAACCGCGAACGCUCCGCACUGAUUGGAGGUGUGGUGGCUGUGGCCAUAUUCGUCCUGCUUUGCAUGGCUGCCGUGGCCGUCCACCUGUACCAACAGAGGAGCCUGUGCGCAACCACGGAGGUGGAAGGACCCGGGAAGCAGGGCAGCAAUGCGGCUGCGCCCAGAUGUGAGCUCGGGAGGCCGAACGCCAUGAGUGGGGACCAGCAGGUGGGCCUCUGAGUAGGAGCCGGGCUGAGCGCGCUCUCCCCUGAUCUGACGUCCCCACCGCAGACCUCAAUGGCCAGAAGUCACUUUGAACCGCGCAGGGCACCAGGGUCCUCAGAGGCCUUGUGCCACCAAGUCCUUAGCCCCCAUUGGCUCUCUGCACUACGUCCCCAUGAUUCCAAUAACAUCUCGGCCCUUGUCAGU